AUGUAAAUGAAACUAAUUAAAUAAUAAUCUGCUUCAGCUUUAAAACCUAGAGAAAAAAAAACAACACAAGCUUUAAACUAACCAGUUAUAUACCCUGUUGAUGGCUAUAAAUUAUUAAAUGAAUUAUCUAUAGGAGGAUUUGGUUGUGUUUAUAAAGCAAUUGAAAUGAAAACAAAUAGGCCUGUGGCCAUUAAAUACUCAAAAGAAAACAUGGAAAAGGAAUAUAGGAUUUUGAAUUAAUUACAGAAUUGCCAAGGAGUUCCUUAAGUCUAUAAUUUUGGGCAAUUAAAUAAUACCUAUUACAUUGUAAUGGAGCUCUUAAAUGAAGAUAUGUACACUAUUUCAUCUAAAUAAAAAUGUUUCUCAAUAAAAACAACCAUCUUGAUUGCUAUUAAAAUAAUUCAAGUUUUAAGUUAAAUUCAUAAAAAUGGUAUUCGUCAUAGAGAUAUCAAGCCAUAAAAUUUGAUGACUAAAUAUUCUGAUUCAACUAUAUAUUUAAUCGAUUUUGGGAUUUCGCUACUUCAAAAUGAUCCUUUACCUGAUAAAUACGUUGAUGGCACAAUUCUAUAUGAUCCUCGCAUAGUGCACAGACGUUAAGAAUAUCGUUUCAUAGAUGAUAUAGAAAUGGCAGGUUAUUGUUUAGUUGAUUUAUUGAAAGGUUAAUUGCCAUGGUAUAAAUAUAUCGAGGGUAGAGAAUCUCGAAUAAUGUAGAUGAAGCAAGAAUUUCUGGAUGCUAAAUCAACGAAUUAGCUCCCAAUAUAUCCUAUAUUUUAAUUUGUGGAGUAAAAUCAGAAUAAUGAUAUACCAGAUCACAACAAACUAAUUACUUAGUUAAGAGAAGUCUUAUAAAAGUAGAAUAUAAUUGAAGAUUACAUAUAUGAUUGGUCUUCUAAUGAAUUAAUACCAACUCCUUAAUUCAAAGCCAGGACAGUAAGUUUCCAAAGUUAAAAAAGCAAAUUUUAACCAGAGAACUAAGAAUAAAAUAUAGCUUUAGAAGGGUAAAUAUAAUUUGUUAAUGAUUAAAAAUAUAAAUUUAUGAAAUGA